CCUGUGCUAAGCGAACGCUCUCACCUUCCUUUCCGAAGGUCGCGUAAGGAAGGCCAUCAUUCCUUGCCUGCCUGAGUCGCCAUCAUGGGCCGCUGGCAGCCCUACCUCUACUCGGCGCCGGAGAGGCAGUCGAUGAACGACGUCCCGAACGAAUUCAACCCCAAGGCGGUGACCAUGGCCAGUCGCACGCCGCCCUCGCCCCCGAAGAAGAAGCAGGAUGGUCCCUUGGUCAAUUUCAACAAGCAUCCGGAUAGCUACCUUAUCUUACCAUAUGGUAAGACCGACGCCAAGCCCAUGAGCCCAAAGACCAAGCUGUGGAUCAAGAUUGCGCGAUGGACACAGCUCUUCUUCCGUGUGUGCAGUCUCUUGGGCGCCGUGGGACUGCUACUCUGUGGCAUUUUUAUUCGCGGUGCGCAGGACACUGAAGGAUGGAUCAUGAGGAUCCCGCCCGGUGUCGAUAUUGUAGUAUGUCUGUAUGCCAUCUACCACCUCAUUCGUAGUCCCACGUCGCGACCUCCGGCUAGCUCAGCCAGCUACCACUUCUUCGCCUUGGUCACCGAUGCCGGCUUCAUCCCGUUCUACGUCUACACUCUGCUUCUUUCGCACCGGAAUGCCGAUAUGGAAGCUGGAACUGUGGGACGCUGGAGGACUUUGUUCCCAACUGACGACAAGACGAACAAGAUCCUCCUCACAACAUGGCUCACUGCGACAACUGCCGCAGGUAUCCAUCUGCUCUCGGUGCUUAUCGACAUGUAUCUCGUCAUUGUCUUCAGGAGGAUCACGAAGCUACCACCUGAUAUGAACCCUCUUGAAGACAACUUGACUCGCAGAAAGUCGAAGCACAAGCAUAAGAACUCGUCGAUCUCCGCUAUCACACCUUUCCUUGACAAUGAGAAGCGCUUCAGUGCCCAAAGCACAACUUCUGUUGACAGGAACUCUCAAUCUGACCCACUGCUUUCGCAGGACGUCUCGAGUCCCACUAAGACACAAAUGGCUUUCAUGCAUACUCGUACCAACUCGGAAACAGCCUAUUCGCCGCACACUCCUCGGUCAGCUCGCCAGUUUCGAACAAGCAUGGCUCACCGUGAUGAUCUCUAUCGCCAGGAUGAUAACGUUGACAAUGAGACCUUAGCUCAACGUAAAUCUUUCCUUGUCCAGCAAGCAAACAUGCAGCGACACGACAGGAAUAACUCUUACGUCACAUCCUCGUCCAAGCAGGACUUCUACACGCCUCCUACCACUGCCUGUAACGAUAAACCCACUGCUACCGGUGACAUCGCUCUUGAGAAGAGUAGCCGUGAAGAUUUGCAGAACGACAACUGGUUCGUUCAUCCUGAUGAUAAUGAUGAGCAGGGCAACGACACCCGCUAUCUGGCACCAAAGCAGUCUACUUUUGGCCAGAAGAAGGGCUACACUACGGUUUCUUCAUACGAUGUCUCAGAUUUUGAGGAUGAGGUUGACCGACCGAUGAUCCCUCAACCUUUGCGCAUGAACCCACCGACUCCUCAACCUACUCCUCCGCCGAUCCCCAACUUCGAUACCAAGAAGAACACACCGCCUCCUUCGAGUCUCAAGCGCACGCAGACAACAACUUCAAUCUCCACAGAGGCCACCUUCAGCCGCUCCCACUCACGUGGCAGCACACCAAAGUCGCGAUACUAUGGUGACCUUAAGGCUGCAGCGCACGGCAUCAGGAAUGGUGACUCGGCUUCAAACUCUCCUGCCACCUCGCCAAAGAAGGGUUCGUUCAAGAACCAGCCCGACCAUCUCCCGAGUGCGACCGCACAGUACACAAUCAACUCUUCGCCCGUCAAGAACAUCCUGGCGCAGAAUGCACCCUUCAGCUUGGACAAGAAGUCAUAUACGAGUGUGCGCAAGACUGGCGAAUUCAACCACACACCCGUGAAGGCUGUUUCGCCGCGUGUUGUUAGCAGGUCCGGCAUCGACUACGUCAACCCCUAUGAGUUCGACGACUCAGAUCUUGGUACACCAGGCCGCAGACGUGACGUGAGCGGGAAGAUCGCAGAGGAGGGCCGUGGUGGAGCAUGGAACGACCAUGGAUUGACCCACCGCAAAGCCAGCGGUGUCGGUUACGCUUUCUGAAUGCGUGUACCUUUGUUUGCAACAGGCGUUGUGGGAGUGUUCUUGUGUGAUUUGACGGACUGCACGUUUUUGAGAUACCUCAGUAGGUACAGAUGGAUUGAAUACGAAGGACGUUUGUACAUGAUAUCAGGAUUUACAUAGCGCCGCAGCAAGCGAAACUUGACGAAUGCAUCUGU